CAUUCAUCACAGUCGUGAUCCGUUUAACCGUUUCUUAAUAGCUAUAUGAAAAUGUUUCGAAAAUUUGUAUUUAUACUUUUAUUCACGGGGUCGUAUGCGGCGUUUUAUUUAGAUAGCCCAUCGAAAUUGCAUUGUAUUUUCUCUAAAUACAUGCUCGACUAUUUUGACCUCAACGAAAGUUAUUUCGAGAAAAGUGUACAACAGAACGCCAAAAGUGUAUACGACCAAUUAAGCUUACGAAAGCACGGGGAAAAUCUUCAAAAACAAGGUAUCAUAGUGAUGGCAAUGCUCGACGAGUUGCGGCAACAGAAAUAUGCAAUGUUUCCCACUAAUUUGAUGUCGGUAAAUUUGUAUUUAAGUAACAUAACCGGGAUAAUUGAAAUGUAUUCAGUAGACAACGGUCGAAAAGAAAACGAGCUGGAGCAAGACGACUCCCGUAUAAGACAUGGGUUUCAAUUAAUUUACAAAAUUAUUACCGACGAACUAAAAUCAGUUUGCCACAAAAAUUGCGAACGGAAGUGUAGUGCUUGUAAGGCAAAAUUUGGCUUACGAUUUGAAAACUUGAAAUUUAGUUCCGUAGACCUAAAAAAUGUAAAGGAAAGCAAUAGUCUGUCAAGAAUCUCCGAAUACUUGGAUCUUAUGGUAAUACAAGCUAAAAAAACGUUCGAAAAAAAUAUUGAAACGAAAGCCUAUGAAGAUUUCUAUCCGAGUAAUAUGAUAGUUUUUAAGUUGAUGAAUCGCUCUCAGGCAUAUGCCGGUGUGUUCGAUCCCGAUAACCGACUGGACUUGAUGCGAUACGUCAACAUAAUUGCGGACCACAGUGUUCAUGUUGUCGACUUGUUUGAGACAAUUAAAUCAUGUUUUAAUGGGAACUUAGUGAAAUCUUACCAACAACAGAUAAUAGCGGCUUCUCUUCAUCCAAUUUUCUCGUGCGCAACUGACUAUGUACGUAUGUACAAACAGUUACAUACCACAAGUAACAGUGUUAUUUUUGCAACUGAAAUGAGUGAACUCGGAUCUAAGCUAGUCAACAUAUUCAAACAAAUACACGACUUUCUUCCCUAUAAAGUUGCUAAAUAUAUACUUGACAUCACAAUUAAAUUGCAAAAUAUUGCCAUGUUCCAUGACAAACGACGUAGUAGGAUGACCGUUAAACAUAUAGAUUACGUUUUGUCGCUGUUAUCAAAACCUAUGGAGUUGAAUAGAUUUCUUUAUGAUUCCUCAAAUGAAGUUCUGGCUAUGAUCUCCCAAGAAAAAUGUACAUUUUUAAUUAAAAAAACGAGAUUGCAUGUACAAGAAACUUCGAAAUACACCGAAGCUUUGAUAGAAAACAUAGCUCCUCUUGUUAUCCUUAUUAGAUCUGUAAACCACGACGAUAUGUUUGAAAAGGAACCUUUGAACGUGUUAAACACUUCGAUUAUAGGAACCAUUUACCAUGAUGGAUUCAUACUUGGCGAUGAAAGUUCUAACACAUCUAACCGACCGUCUCGUCAUAUACUCGAUACAGGAAAGAACGAACGUAUUGGCCUAGCUGAAGCGUUGGCAUUUGAAGUAACAAUGCCAGGGAUGUCAAAAAAAUCUAAAGGAAUACCAUCGAGGGUGAAGCAGGGCGAGAGAAAGAAGGGCGAUAUACACGAAAAAAUAGGUGGUAGUUCACUCGGAAUCAUUGAUAGUACCAUACAUGCCGGAGAAAGUUCUAACACAAAAGUUGACCAACCAUCUCAUCAUUCAUCCUUUAGGGAAAAAGAAGAACGUGAUGGUCAAGGGUUGAUACUCGACGAAACGCCAGGGAUGUCAAAAAAAUCUCUAGGAAUACCAUCGAGGAUGAAUGAGAACGAGAGAAAGAAGGGCGAUAUACACGAAAAAAUAGGUGGUAGUUCACUCGGAAUCAUUGAUAGUACCAUACAUGCCGGAGAAAGUUCUAACACAACAGUUGACCAACCAUCUCAUCAUUCAUCCUUUAGGGAAAAAGAAGAACGUGAUGGUCAAGGGUUGAUACUCGACGAAACGCCAGGGAUGUCAAAAAAAUCUCUAGGAAUACCAUCGAGGAUGAAUGAGAACGAGAGAAAGAAGGGCGAUAUACACGAAAAAAUAGGUGGUAGUUCACUCGAAAUCAUUGAUAGUACCAUAAAUACCGGAGAAAGUUCUAACACAAAAGUUGACCAACCAUCUCAUCAUUCAUCCUUUAGGGAAAAAGAAGAACGUGAUGGUCAAGGGUUGAUACUCGACGAAACGCCAAGUACAACAACAAUGAUUACAGAACCAUUAAGGGUAGAAGAAAACGAAUCAAAUAUGAAUAGCGUUGUUGGCGAUAAUUUCGAAAAAAUGGAUGGUUUAAAUGAUAAUGAGUAUAAAACAAAUCGAAGUCUGAUCAUACCAAAAAAAAACGAUAACGAUCCAAUUGCUGGUAAUCAAGAAAAAAGACCUACAAUAAAAGAACUAAUAGCAUCAUAUGCAAUUCCUCCAGCUUCUAAUUUGACAAGAUUAGAUGACGAUGGUCGAUAUCCAAGUACACGCAAAGACAUAAAAUCAAAACCUAAAGAAACUUAUGCAUUUAAACCAUUUUAUAAAGAAAGUAUAGGCGAAAAGCAUGACAUCGGUAGUGAUAACAAAAGUUGUGAAAUAGCGAAACCAGAUAAUAUGAUGGUUGGCAAAUUUAAGAAACCUAAAGAAUCUCAUCAAAAUGAUUAUAAUCAUAGAAGAACAAAAUCUGAUAGCGCGAUUAUCGAAGACCCACUUGAUAAACCUGAAAAUACAAAGGGGGCUGAAUUAAAACCAAGAGCAAAUAGUUUUACACAAAAAAAACCUGUCGAUCCUAUUUAUGUUAGAGGAAAAACAAACGAAAGAAAACAUCAUAACAGUCCAGAACAAGUUAGUGGUGAAGCGGAGGAAGAAAAAAAUAAAAGCCGAUACACGACAACCGACGAUGGAAAUGACGAUAAACAACUACAACAGAAUAAAGUAAAAGGCUUAAGAAAUAGUUACGAAGAAAAGAUAAAAGUUGAAUCAAAAUCCAUUGAAGAAAAAGCUUUUAGAGGAAAAAAGAAAAUCUGUUCUCGCGGGAGUGAUACCGAAGCAAUACGUCAUAAAAGUGCAGAAAGAUUAAGUUUAGGUUCUGCCGAGUGGAAAAAAACGUUACGUCCUCGGUCAAGUGGCGAAGUGGAGGGAGAAAAAAAUAAAAACCAAUACAUGACAACACACUUACCGGCUAAUAAAUCAGAAGAGUGGUUGAAAAAAUCCGAUUCCAGUUUAAACAAUGAACAUAAGUACCGAGAAAAAAGGAUAGCAGACGAUGGAAAUGACGAUAAACAACUACAACAGAAUAAAGUAAAAGGCUUAAGAAAUAGUUACGAAGAAAAAAUAAAAGCAGAAACUAAAUCAAUUGAAGAUAAAGCUUUUAGAGGAAAAAAGAAAAUCGUUUCUCGCGGGAGUGAUACCGAAUCAACUAUCAGAAAUUAUCACGGAGACUCGACUUCACUGCAUUGUCUUUUUUCGGAGUACAUAUUAGGUUACUUGGACAUAAAUGAACGAUAUUUCGUUUUAAAACAUAAUCAAAAUACUAUUGCAAUAUUAUUGGAUAAUUACGACUCCAAUCUCAGAUUCCUAGAGCACUACAUAAUGGCUAUGCUGGACGAGCUACGAAAUUAUGAGAAAAACGUAUUUGCCUAUGAUUUGAUGACGGCCAAUUUAUAUUUGAACAACCUCGCGAAAGACUUGAAUAUUAUUUCAACAGAUAUCACAACGGCGCAAUUCAAUGAUGUGGAGUCUCGGAGAAAUGGGUUUUUCGUCAACUACAAAAUGAUGACACGUCAGCUUUCACGUUUUAUAAACUCUAACUGUCAUUCGUAUUGCCCGGAUGGAUUCGAACUCCGUUUUGGUUAUCUCUACAAAUUGGUCAGAGAUUUGGAUAAAUUAAAAUCCGAUAAAGAAUCGAAACAACUAUUGGCCGAUUGGCUAACGUUAAAAAAUCUAGCAAUUGAGCCGUUCAAGUCAACCUUGGAUCGUGGUGAAUACGGCGAUUUCCAUCCGGCCAACAUGCUGUUCUACGAUCUGAUGUCGGGCUAUGACGAUUCGGCAACGUCCAGGUUACUACCUACUGAUAUUGUGGCCAAAGGAAAACAAGCGGUGGGUGCUGGCGACUUGACCAAGUUCGACGACGGUCUGCAAGCGAUCAGAAAAGUGGUUGUAAAAACCAGCCGUAAAGGCGGUUCUCAUAAGAAUAUUAUCUCGGCGUUUUAUUGCGUGUCGUUAAACUUCAACGCCGACCACGUCAGGUCUUUCCAACAACAAGUGCUGGCGGCUACGGUACAUCCGGUUUUCGAUUGCAUUGCCAAAUAUACAAUCGCGUUCAAGCAAAUAUUUUCCUUUUACCAACGUACGUCGUCAUGCGUGCAAGGCCUAACCGAAAUCGGGUCUACGCUGUUGGAGACGUUUGCACGAUUCAUCGACUUAAACUUGUUUUCGGAAAAAGUGAUUAAAUACCUAACGGAAGUACUUCGUCGAUUGAAACAUGUAAUACACGACACCGAUAAUAUUCAACUCAGACAAAGGUGGAUGACCGACAUUUUGUCGUUGUGUUCGAAACCAAUGAAAUUGAAUCGGCUUAAGUUUCAUCACAACGCCAAUAUUUUAGAGGCCUUCACGCGAGGCAAAUACAAUAAAUUAAUCAAAGACACGAGCGACCAUAUUUUAACCACCAGAGCUUAUGUAGAUGCGUUGUCGACGCACAGACGUAUAUUUGAUGUCAUUAAAAGAACAGUUCCUCACGACGAUAUCUUUGAAAAACAACCAUUGGACGUAUUUUCUGUGUGUGAUUCAGCUUAUGAAACAGACGAAUCAGAUAACGAGAAUUAACCAUGAAUAUUCCUGCAUAAAUAUAUUCCAAUCAAAAUCAACAAAUAAAUAAUCAGAUCGGUCAAAAAAUGAAUACGUGCCAAUAAAAUAAAAUACGUUAUUAUUUAGUUAACACUACACAUU